CCUAGGGGGUUUCGGGCUUUAAGCAAUUCUACGAGAACAACUAUUUGAAACUCCCCUACGUAACUUACAUACCAGUGUAUGAUUUCACUGCUAUGAGCACAUACUGGGUAAAUAUUGAGUAACAGUGGGUCAUGUGUUUAGAGAAAAAGAACAUUUGGUCAUUAUUUUGUUCAAACCUACUAACUACUCAAAUAUAGCUUCCUGAUAACUAGCCAAGUAGCUAAUUAACGUUAGCUUAAGUGAACUCUUGAGUUGGUGAACUCCUUCAGCUCUCCACCAGACUCAAGCGCACAGAGCACGACUUUAAAUACAGCGGACUUUCAGUUUCACUCGCGGGAUAACUGCACCUCGUUGUGUUUCUCUCACACGGUGUGUAUUUGUGUUGGUUGUGAGGACUGGACUGUAGUAAUGUGUUGACUCAAACAGUUUGAACUGGUCUUCGAAGAACCCGCGGUCCGAAGGUCGAGGCUCCACUACAGCUCACCCUGGGGCAGAUAAGGUAUUAUCGGGUCACACUAUGCACCCGGGCUGUAAACAACACCGACAUGAGCUGACCAUGGAGGACGUGGGACUGAACUGAGGAAUACUUGAACAACAAACAACCUCUUUUUGCAAUGGGUAGUCAGAGGAACGGUUUCAAGAAGGAAAGCUUCAUUCUGUCGGUGGACGUCGGUACAACAUCUAUCAGGUGUCACGUCUAUGACAAGGAGGCAAAAAUACGAGGAUCAUGCAUAGCCAAGGUUGUUCCCUUGUAUCCAGAGGUAGGACAUGUGGAGAUGGACCCAGAUGCACUAUGGACAGGGUUUAUCACUGUGGUCAAGGGAGCUGUGCAAGAUGCAGGAAUACAAAUGCGUCAGAUAGAGGCUCUUGGCAUCUCCACUCAACGAGGCACCUUCACAACAUGGGACAGGACAACUGGGGUUCCUUUCCAUAACUUCAUCAGCUGGCAGGAUCAGAGGGCUGCAGACCUGGUGAAGUCCUGGAACAGAUCCUGCACAAUGAAAGCAAUCCAUGGCGUGAUGAAGGUGGUCUACUUCCUGACCAGACAGAAGCGGUCGCUUGCAGCAAGUCUUAUUGUCUUCUCCACUCAACAUGUCACCUUCCGCCUUGUCUGGGUCCUAACACACUACAAGCAGGUUCUUCAAGCAGCAGCUGAAGAUAACUGCUGCUUUGGGACAAUAGACACCUGGCUCCUGUUCAAACUCACAAAAGGACGCGUCCAUGCCACAGACUACUCUAAUGCCAGUGCAACAGGAAUUUUCGACUCCUAUCAGAUGUGUUGGAGUGGAUUGCUCUGCUCUCUUGUGUCUCUGCCUCAUUCCAUUUUCCCCAAAGUAGAAAAUACAGGCCAUGACUUUGGUUCAACAGACACGUCCAUCUUCGGAGUGCCUAUUCCCAUUAUGUCAGUGAUGGCGGACCAGCAGGCAGCCAUGUUUGGAGAGUGCUGCUUUGACGUUGGUGAUGUCAAGAUCACCAUGGGAACGGGCACCUUCAUGGACAUCAACACCGGGAACAAGCCACAUACAUCCGUAGCAGGUCUGUAUCCUCUGGUGGGGUGGAAGAUUGGCUCAGAGGUGGUGUAUCUGGCAGAGGGCAAUGCCGCAGACACAGGCACUGCCAUCAAAUGGGCACAGGAGCUCGAGCUCUUCUCUGACGUGCAGGAGACCACUGCCAUGGCUUACAGUGUCAGUGACUCAGACGGAGUGUGUUUUGUCCCUUCCUUCAGUGGCCUGCAGGCUCCUCUGAAUGAUCCCAAAGCCUGUGCUUCUUUCAUGGGCCUCAAACCUUCCACCACGAAGAGCCACCUGGUACGAGCCAUUCUAGAGUCUGUUGCCUUCAGAAACAAGCAGCUAUAUGACACAAUGCUGAGAGAAACUCACAUUCCCAUCACAAAGAUCAGGGUGGAUGGUGGUGUUUCCUCCAAUGACUUCGUCAUGCAGCUGACUGCAGACCUGUUUGGCAGAAAGGUAGCCAGACCCCAGCACCAUGAAAUGUCCUGUUUAGGGGCUGCUUUUGUCGCUGGACUUGGAAUCGGCUUCUGGAGGAGCAGGGACGAGCUGAAGAAGCUGCAGAGCACCGACGAGGUGUUCUUGCCCCGAGGAGUACCCAGGGAGGGCGUUUACAGCCCAAGUGGGGAUUACAUCCCCGUCCUCCAGAGCUGGGAGAGAGCUCUUCGUCGCUCCAUGAAUUGGUACAACAAGCCUUGACACUGGAUGCACACACAGGGAGAUGAAAUGGGAAGAUGGAGACAUGAGUUUUAGGUAUAAGUGAAAGUAGACUCUUUUUAAACAACAUGACUGUUUUGUGUCUCUUGGAGGGGUCCGGUAAAGGUCUGAGCCAAGCCGUAGUGCCAGCAGCCACGUUUACCACCUGCACAGAUUUGAAUUGUUAUCCACAUACAGUAGUUUCUUCACCUUUUACUUGAUUUCUUUGUGACGUUGCGGCCUUAUCAGGUUUAUCCUUCAUUCAUUCCAGAUCUCAAGCCACUGGUGCCUCUUCAUAUUACAUUGUUUUAUUCUGAUGGAAUCACAUUUGUACAUUUUCCCACAUGGGGGCACUAAUGACUGCCUUUACAGCUUGUUCAUUUAGGAACUUGCCAUAGCAACCACAUGACAUGUUAGUAAGGAGCCACAGAUUUAAAAAACAAAAAAAAAAAAAAACACUGAUUCUUCUGUUCAUGACGCCUCGAGAUUUAAAGCGUUCUUACAGGGGCUAGAAUUUAAAAAUUGUUACAGACAUUCAACAAACACAGUUUACUAUUUGCCAAUACUUGACGUUGCUGUUUCCUCGUGAUUUAACAAUAUUUUAACUUUGUUAUUUCAACCUUUGUGCAAAGGUGCAAUCAAACAUGUAACAAAAUAUAAAAUAUAAAUGUCUAAAAUAUAAAAUAUAAAUGUCUAAAAUAUAAAAAGUUAAACAAGGUAAACAGCUGACAGUAUAUAGUACAGAUUUCUGGUCCACAUCCAUGUGACAGACGUAGUCCCUCUUUAACACCUUCUCCUGUUCGGAUUACCCCGUUCUGCUUAACCCCCUUUUUUGCGUUGUUUUCAUGCACAUUUCCUGCCUGAAUGCGUGCCAUGCAGUAACUUAAAUGUGAUGAUAAUUUUGUUAAAUGUGACUGGAACAAAAUCUGAAUGUAUAUGUUUUGCUCUGCACAUGGGAAUCGUACUGGAUUUUAGUAUUUCAGCACCUCGUUGUCAGUAAUGGUUCUCUGCUUCUUUGAUACAACGCACAUCUCAAGUGGCAAUGAAUUAGAAAAUAAUGGGGGGGCAAUAAAAGUUGGUGGUGAGAGAGAUGUUUAGAGGUAUAUGUGGCAUUGUAACAGCUGUUGUAGAUUUUUAUGUCAGCUCCCACAUAGAUCUCCAACACAGACUAGGACCUGCAUGCUCACGUUGAUCAGGGAUAUAAAUAUGAAUUAGGACGUAUAUAAAUAUGUACUGAGUCUUAUUCCAUGCCAAUCCAUGUUGUGUAGCCAUUAUUUCAGUUUAUUAGUUUGUGUUUAUUGUUGAAUUGUUCCAUGGGGGACAGCUAUGUUGUCAUAUGAUAAUGUUCUGACUUAAGUCUUUUAUUUGACCUGAUGAACUCUGAUGACAAAGUUACAAAUACUAAUCAUGUUAUGAUUAAAAAAUGCUCACAAAUAACAAUGAAAAUGUAAAGUGUGCAUCUCAUUCUGGAUGUGCUGCACUUGCUGGGUAUUGUUAAAUGUUUUUGCCAAUUGCUUAUACUGUAAUAUCAUUCUUUCUACUUCUACUAAAACAUUUGUUAUGCAAAGUGAACACUAUGUGUAAAGCAGAAAUUAACACCUCAAGAAAUGACUUUCCAUUUCUAACACUUACGUACUUCAUUCAGUUUUUGAAUGGCAAAUGUCCUCCCGAGCUGCUAGGAAUUAACAGAUAGUAUGUUUGUGUAAUUAUACAUUCUGUUACCAAAUUGCAUUGAAAUAUCAAAUACUUUGUGUGAUGCAAAAGGGUUAGUAUUAAAAGCAUGAAUGAUC